AUGAUGCCAUUCUUGCCACUUCGCAGGUUCGUUCCUUUCCUAAUAACGACUUUGCUUCUCACGUCCCAAAUGAGGCCACUCAGAAGCAGUGAUAGUAGCGAUCGGGAUGUUGUGGAUGAGUGGCUUGAUGAUGAAGUCAGUAUCACUCCUGAUGAUAGUGAGAUGUGGGACGAGAGCACAGCUGUGGAUAAUUCCGUCUCACCCAGCUCGUCACCUGUAACGGAGGACUAUUUCGAAAGCGAGAAGGAUUUCGAAAGUGAGGAGGAGUUUGGUGAUGAUGAGGAGUAUGAGUAUGUCGAGAAUCUCGAGAAUGACGACACCAGAGACCCUCAUUCAGCCCGGGGUUGUCGUUCGGUCACACCCGAAUACCGUCCGGCAACGCCCGAUCAUCGCCAGGCCACUCCCCACUUUCGUCCGGACACGCCCAGCUACCGCCUGGCUACUCCCAAGAGUUCCAGCAUCGGCACGCGCAGUCCCAGCGUUGACUUGAGCAGUCCAAAGUUCCAUUCGGUUCAGCCCGAGCACUUACCCAGCCAGCCCGAGCUAUAG